AUCAAGUAAAGUUUAUUUAUAUUGCACUUAUCACACACAAAGUGCCACAAAGUGCAGUUCAGUAGUCAAUGAAAACUAUUUGUCAAUAACAGGGGCCAAAACAUUUCAACAGUUAAAAGAGCAAAGUACAAUACACAGUAAAAGAUGGUGCAAUAAAAUAAACAGAAGAUAAAAAGCAGGCCAUAGAAUAUUAAAAUCAACCUAAUGCCAGUGUAAACAGGUAUGUUUUGAGAUUUUUGUUUGUUUAUAUUAUACUAUUAAAUCUGAAAAACGGUGUUCCGCAAGUCAACUGUUACUACAAGUCAACUGUUACUGGUAAACAAGGUUGGUAUUUGGUUGCUACUUUAUAUUGGCUACAAGCAUAGAUGCUUUUUAUGAACUGUUUGUGCUACAAGUAAUGCAGGCCAAAGAACAUUGGAUAGUAUUGUACGGCUAUAUUAGUUACUUAUUAGGUUUAUGUGCAUCUAUCGAUAUAGAAACUUGGUCUACUUAAACAAACAUCUGACAAGAAAGGGGCAUUUUAAUCAUUGUAGCCUACAUAUAGUGGAGCAAUAAACAAGGCGUUAAUUAGUGAGUUAUUUUAUAAUCAUUAUUAAUAGUAGUAAUAGCAGUAGUUUUAAUAAUUAUAAUUAUUAUUUGUAUUAUAAUUAUUAUAGUUAUUAUUCUGAAUUGUAUCAAUCAUUUUGAAUAAAUCUCAAUGACCCAGACAAACCAAUCGGAGUGGCGGAGCCUUUCUCAGCAAGGUUGUGUGACGAGCACGGAGCCAGAGCGGAAACCGGGCAAAAUGUCUUUCAAAGUAAAAGAUUAUAAAUAUCUAUCUUUGGGUUUAAAAGACUACAUACAUUAGUGAAACGUUACAUGCGUUGCUUAUUGAUAUCAUAAUCAUUCGCGUACUUAUUGAACAGAAAAUAAACGUAAACAAACUAAAUAUCGUGCAACACAUACGCGAAAUUGUGCUUUUAUUUUGGCAACUUCUCUCGGAAACUGUAGUUCCAAUUGUGGACUUCUAUAUGAUUCCACCCCCCAGACCGUUUGACACCAGAGCCCGACCAUCUCCUUCACCCAAAACACACAUCAGCGUUGACAGGAAACCCCAAAAGCCAACCGACACCACUGUCACGGCGACCCGUGGAUAAUAUGUGGAUUCUGUCCGACUUAAACGUGACAUUAUGACCGGCCUGGGCCGCGGACUGUCGGCUCUUUCGGGCGACCGUUCAGCUGGUAAUGUAUUUUACUCACCCUACGUUUGAUUUUCUCGUAUAAACGGAUGUGCGUCGGAGUCGGGGCACGGACUCUUUCGCGCUGUUGAGCAUGACAGCCGCGCGCCAGCGGACUAUUUGACACCUUUGACGUACAAUAUCAAAUCGCAGCCCGCCAGAGUUGCAGAGCAAUGGCUUCGGCGCUGGGUUGCUUCGGCGGUCCCGAGGUGUUGGAGGACGUCACUCACGCGCGGGGUUUGAUGGACGAGCUGAAGCUGCUGUACGACUGCCGGCUGCUCGGCGACGUCACCAUCCGGGUGGAGUGUGACGAGGGGCCGCCGGAGCACGGCGGGGGGUCGGCCGGAAGUGACGUCGACCAACUCUUCCUGUGCAGCCGCAACGUCCUCGCCGCCGCCAGCCCGUACUUCAAAAGCAUGUUCACCGGGGGGUUGAACGAGAGCGCGCAGGAGAGGGUGGUCAUCCGCGGAGUGGACUCCGAGUCCAUGUCCGUCAUCAUCGACUACUGCUACACGGGCCGGGUGACCAUCACGGAGGGCAACGUCCAGCGGCUGUACGCGGCCGCCAACAUGCUGCAGCUGGAGUACAUCCGGAAGGCCUGCUCCAGCUUCCUGAAGAGGAGGCUGGACCUCUCCAACUGCGUGGGCAUCCUGAAGUUCGCCGACACCUACGACAACCCCGGGCUGAAGGAGAACGCGCAGGCGUUCAUCGCCAGGAACUUCGGCCAGGUGUGCCACGCGGGGGAGCUCUGCGAGCUGGAUCUGACCCAGCUGCGGGAGAUGUUGUCCCUGGACACCCUGGACGUGGAGUGCGAGAGGAAGGUGUGCGCCGCCGCCCUGCAGUGGAUCGAGGCCAACGCGCCGCUGCGGCGGGAGGACGCGCUGCUGGCGCUCAAGUGCGUGCGCUGGAACUUGUUCACGGAGCAGGACAAGUGCUACCUGGAGGGCCUCGCGGCCAGGCCUCUGAUCGAGAAGUACCUGGCGUCCUUCUACAACGGGUCGGCCGAGGGCGGCGGAGACGCGCCCGCCGCCGCGGCCCCGGACGCGCCCAAACACAGGGUGGGCGUGAGCGCCAAGGAGAUGAUCCUCUUCUUCGGCCUGCCCAACGACAACAUCAUGUGCUGCGACCCGUACUCGGCGGACCUGUACUUCAUGGCGCCGCCUCUGGAGAACCUCAGCAGUCAGGAUUACAAGCGCUCCACCAUGGAGUCGCUGAUUGCCUGCGCCGCGCCCGACAACAACUUGUACCUGGCCUCCCACCUGUCGAAGCACUUCUGGCUGUACAACCCGGUGCUCAACAGCUGGCAGGAGCUGGCGGAGCGGCCGCUGGGCAGGAUCCACUCCGGGAUGGGCUACCUCAACGGCCACGUGUACCUCCUGGGGGGGCGCAACCCCGUGACGGACGCGCGGCUGAAGGAGGUGGAGUGCUACAGCGUCCAGAGGGACCAGUGGACGCUCGUGGCCCCUCUGCCGCACUCCCUGGGCAAAAUGCAGGUGGUGGCGCUCAACGACCACCUGUACGUGGUGAACAAGCGGAGGAUGCUCUGCUACGACGCCAAGAGGAACCGCUGGCGCCACUGCGGGUCGCUGCGGCGGGACAAGCUGCACAAGGCCUGCGUGUACCAGGAGCAGAUCGUGUGCGUGUGCGACAUCCCGGUGGUGAAGGCCUACAGCCCGGCGCGCGGCGAGUGGAAGAGGCUGGGCGACAUCCCCAUCGACAGCCGCGCCCUCAACUACCAGGUGAUCCAGCACAGCGGCAAGCUGCUGCUGCUCACCCAGACGCUGCUGCAGCACAACAAGAACCGGGUGCUGAUCCACGAGUACGAGCCGGCCCGCGACGCCUGGAAGAACGUCAUGGCGGUGUACGUGUCCACGCUCGGGCCCGUGUGCGUGUCGACGCGCGUGUACCCGACGUGCCUGGGCUCGGCGCACAGCUUCUCCACGGAGGAGGACGACGACAGCGGCUCCAGCGCCGACUGGGACUUUGACGAGUUGACGGACGCCGACUCCGACUCCGGCAGCUCCAGCUCGUUCUCGGACGAGAACUGGUAGUCGGAGAAAAAAAAGUUUAACUUAUUUAUGGAUCGAACAGGGUUCUGUUAGCCAGCUCUUCACAGCAGAGGCCCGACGGCUCCGUCUCACAUCUGGAAUUUUUUGGUCUCGCGUAAAGUGUAAAGACGCAUUUUUGUGACUGAAAUCCAGAUUUUAUUUGAUGUGAAUAAAUCAGCACACUGCUCAAUCGUGACUGUUUUUUUGUGGGACAUCCGGCAGUUUAAGUGCCUCACGUUUAUGACUUGUACCACAGUGGGGUCAUUUACAGGGCUUUAAAACUUCAUGUCCUCUUUUUUUUUUUUUUUUUUUUUUUUUUUAACAGUUUUGCGGACUACUGAAGCCAAUGUUUUAUACGCUCACUCAGGUUUAGGCUUCAGCAAAAGCCUGUGUAUAUGCCACGAUUUAUUUCUUUAAAAAAAAAAUGUUGUAUACAAAAAAAAGUUGGUUUGAGAGAGAAGAUUCUACAUCGUAUUAGUUUGUUUUCAAACUAUUUUAUGGAUCCUGUGAAUGUGUUUUUCUUAUCAAUGAUGUUUUACUUGAACUGUUGCAAAGCCAUCCCCCCCCCACACACACACCCACGCCAAGUGUCAUGGAGAGAAGACACUAGACUCAAUGUUCGGGUCCCCUGUCGGUGUAAUGCAGUGUUGUAAAGUACAGCCUCCAAACGCACCGACCGUUAACUACAGGGACGUCGCAGCCACGUUAGUUUCUGCUCGCUGUUCCUAAUGAACUGAUAAAUGACUGCAGUUUUUAUAUCGUCCCCUUUUAUGCCGGAUUUUGUGUGUGAUUGUCAACGGUAACAAAAGAAACAUUUUUGUUGUGUCAAAUAAAUUUGUCGCAGAAGCAAA